UCGUGACCCCGCCCUCGGCCGUGGGUGGAUCCCGGAGGGAGCGGUGCUUCCCUGCUGCCUCCUUCCAUGGGAAUCUGGGUCCCCGUGGGGGGGCCGUCCCCUACUUUGAAGGGUAGACAGGAUAUGGGGCUCUUUGGGUCCUGGCCUGUUUUCUCAUUUCUCAGUGGGGUGCUGCCCACUGACUGGCCCAGCCCUACUCUGAGAUCGUGUGUUGGCCCACCGCGCAACUGUCCCCUCCAAAGAUGGCGCGGUACAGAGAACACCUGCUUGCGACCACCCAGCCCACUCAGGGCAGGGGGUGCUUCUCAGGGCCCCCCAUCCCUGGCCAUGAGUCACCGCCCUACGUGCGGGCUCGUGCUACAGUUGGGGAGCUGAGGACUUAUUUUCAGCGGCUCUUGUGGGCUGGGAGCAGAGGACACGUGGGUGCUGAGCAGGCCCUGCCCUCCUGCAGGCCCCUCUCCUGGCCUCGCGAUGCAGCCUACGGCCACCAUGGCCACAGCCACUGCUGCCACCACUGUCGCGAUGACCAUGUCCUGGGACAACACCACAGGGCGACCCACGGUGGCGCCCAACCCUGUCCUGGACAACUACACGGUUCUGGUGGUGGUGAUGUGCUUGUUUGUGGGGGGCACCCUGGUGGUGCUCUCUGGCUUGCUGCUGCUGUGCCGCCGGUGCUGGGAGGGGCACCGGAGGGGCCACAGAGCCAUGGAGGAAGCAGAGAAGACCACCACCACCUACCUGGACAACAGUGCCCACCUAGCUCAAGACCCCGACUCGAGGGGCGAGGAUGCUGAGGGCCAGGAUGCCGAGACUGAGCGCUUCCUGUCCACCAGCGCCACUGGCCGCCGAGUCUCCUUCAAUGAGGCAGCCCUGUUUGAGCAGAGCCGGAAGACACAGGACAAGGGGCGCCGGUACACGCUGACAGAGGGCGACUUCCACCACCUCAAGAACGCACGUCUCACCCACCUGCACUUGCCCCCACUCAAGAUUGUCACCAUUCACGAGUGUGAUGGGGGCGAGGCCAGUGCGGUGGCCACCCCCCACCUGGCCACCACCUCCAAGGCCAACCUCGCCAUCUUCCAGCCCCCGGGGAAGGCCCUCACCGGCCGCUCUGUGGGCCCCAGCUCCGCCCUGCCAGGUGACCCCUUCAAUUCUGCUGCCGGCAGCACCGACCUCGUGGAGAUCAGCCCGUCGGCGUCCAGCGACUCCGGGGAGGGUACCUCGCUGGACACGGGGGCCCUCGGCAGCAAGCCUGGUGGGCCAGGGGCCAUAGCAGUGCCUGGGGAGGCCUGCGUUGGCUCCAGCUCUGGGGCCGGCUCCGUCCUGCACUUCCUCACUCGCCUGCGGCGCCACGCCAGCCUGGACGGGGCCAGCCCCUACUUCAAGGUCAAGAAGUGGAAGCUGGAGACAAGCCAGCGAGCAUGCAGCCUGGACACGAGAGGGUCCCCCAAGCGCCACCACUUCCAGCGGCAGCGGGCAGCCAGCGAGAGCAUGGAGCAGGAGGGGGAUGUCCCCCACGUGGACCUCAUCCAGUACAUCACCCGGGCUGGUGACGCCGCCGUGGCUUUCCCCCACCCCUCCCUGGCCAGCCCCUCCAGCCCGGCCCCCGCUCUCGGCAGGCUAGAGGCGCCCGAGGGGCAGGGCGCCUUGGGAGGAGCCAGUCCCGAGUCCCCCCUGGAGCCGGAACAGCAGCAGCAGCAGCAGCAGCCGCCACCGCAGGACUUGGAAGCCGAGCGAGAGGUAGGACCGGAGCACGCAGCCUGCAGUGACAUCUGGAGUCUGCGAGCCUCGCUCGAACUGCACGCGGCCGCCUCCUCGGACCACAGCAGCAGCGGCAACGACCGAGACUCAGUGCGCAGUGGAGACAGCUCGGGCUCUGGGGGUGCCGUGCCCACCUUCCCUCCCUCCUCGCCUCCGCCGCUGGCUCCGCGGCCCAAGGAGGGCGAAGCGGGCGACACGGGCGGGCCGCGCAAGCUGCUGCAGAUGGACAGCGGCUACGCCAGCAUCGAGGGCCGCUGCACAGGGGACGACGGGCUGCUGGGCGCCCCCGACAAGCGCGUGUCCUUCAGCGAGGGCCGAGCAGCCGACAGCUUCGAGGAGGUAGCGGCCCCUGCCCAGCCCCGCAGCCCGCGCGCCUGGCCCCGUCGCGCGCCGCACCGCGACUACAGCAUCGAUGAGAAGACGGACGCGCUUUUUCACGAGUUCCUCCGCCAUGACCCGCAGUUUGACGAGACUCCCGCGGCCGCGCGCCACCGCACGCGCGCGCACCCUCACUCGCGCAAGCAGUGGCAGCGCGGCCGGCAGCACAGCGACCCGGGCGCAAGAGCGAUGCAGGCCGCGCUCCCUCCCGGCACCGAGCCCCGCCCUGCACGUGCGCCCUUGCGUCGUGGCGACAGCGUCGAUGGGCCACCGCCACCCACGCGUGGCGUGGGCGCGGGGCCAGACGACGGGGCUGCCGCCAUCCCGGUUAUCGAGGAGGAGCCCGGAGGUGGCGGCUGCCCCGGCUCGGGCCUGUGCCUCGAGCCCCCAGAAUCUUUACUGCACAAGCUGGCGGCCGGCCUCGAAGAGAGACUCUUCCCACCGCGCCUUGCCCAGCCCGGCACCCCUGCCCCAACCUUGGCAGCAGCCGCUCCAACGUCCCCCGACCACAGCCCGGCAUAAGCCUCAGGUUCCUAGUCACCGGCAGCGCCGCACCAGGCUUCGGGGGCGGGAGACGCAGAGCCUGGCGCGCAUGCGCAGCCUCCAGGUCACGUGGCGCACAAGCACAUAGGUCGCUGGUCGCCCCAGGGCGCACACGCACAGGCCCUAAGAGGUGUCCAGCCCCCGAGGUGUCCAGAGGCGACAGGCUUGGGGGCUGCUGGACAACAGGAAAACUGAGUCUUCAUCUUUGGCCUACUGAGAACUAUUCCAACUACCUUUGGCCCGAAGUAGUGGCCUAUGGGUGGUGGGAACCAUCGUGGGACAGCUGGCACUGGUCUUACUGGCGGGUGGGCUCGGACUCAUGCAUUGGGGCUUCAACCUGAAGAAAAGGUAGAUGGGAGUACAAAGGUGCAUGCACAGAACCUCCCUCGUGAGAGCCAGUCAGGUCGCACGGGGGCUGGUAAUCUGCGCAUGUGUUACCGAGGUAGCCCGUGGUCUGGGGAGGUUGGUCCUAGGGAGCGCUGUCACCCUUGAAGCUGAUUACCUCACUGCGGCGUGUGCUCAUGGCCACCUGCGCCCCCUCUGAGCAAUAACCGCCCGCCGCCGCUGCUGCUAUUUGCUGUUCCUACCCUCACCCUUUGCCCGGCCCCCAGCAGCUCCUCCCGCCUCCAUCUCCCCCAACCCUCUGCAUGUGAACGGGCUGCCCGCCCCUGCAGCUGCGUUAUCCAAAGGAACCGAAAGGGCACCAAUAGUGUUUAAAUGGACGUUAAAGAAAUGCCAAAAGGCCCAGGGUUCAAGUUUUCCCAAGCUUUAUUUAUUGCCAAAAGACGGGCAGCCCCUGCCGCCACGGUCGCCCUGCCAAGCCUCUACCCAGUGUGCGCACCGACUGUCAUGGUGUUUUCAUUGUGUUUCCGUUCUCUGGUUGGUUAUAAAUAUCCUGAAAACUC